UAUUACAGUUACACGCGUGGGCGUUUGUUAACUAGGGGCGCCGCGCUUUAACGAACGAAGCCUAUUGUUUUCUAGAUCUCUCGAUCUUAGCAGAACCAACAAUCUGUCUCUAUCAAUCAAUAGGAGGACUCCAUCAAGUGGUGGAGAGCUAAUGAAAGAUAUGCUCACACCUUAUCAUGUGUCCACCUGACUACACCCACACCUUAAUACCUUUCUUCCCACCUUGACUUGUCCCUGCUCCCAGUUGCGAGCAUUGCUUCCGAUUAACCCACCGAAAACCUCACAUCCAAACAAAAGCCCUAGCAGCUCUUAUAAACCUCCCUUUCAUCUCCGAUCAAUGGCUUCUUCACCCAUGUUGUCUUUAACCAGAGUUAUAUCCUCGAAAUCCCAACUUUUCAAACUCCUUCUCUUCUCCUCCACCCGCUUCCCCUCUACAACCGAACCUGAUACAGACUCCACCACUGAUUUCUACUCUACAGAUGAGGAUGCUGAUGCUGAGAUUUAUGGCCGCCCCCACCCUUUUGUCAAAGAAGGGCCAGAGUUGCUGUAUGAUCUGAAAGACGAGUUUGAUGCCAUAUAUGCAAGAGUGGACUUACCUGGGGUUAGCAAAGAAGGGUUAAAGAUGUGGGUCAAAGAUGAUUCUUUAUAUGUUAGGGGUCAAGAGGUCAAGAAGGUGAGUCUUUAUUCAAAAGAAGAGGAACCCAGGAAGUAUUCUUUCGAGAUUGACCUUCCAAAGAAUGAGUACAAGGCCGAGGACAUUAGAGCUGUGAUGGAGUCUGGUGUUCUUAGGGUUUUUGUGCCUAAAAUCAAGCCCGAGGAGAUUGAUGAUGCUUUUGUGAUCAACAUUGAGUGAUUUGGGUAAAGCAAGCAGUGAGUCUCUGCCCUUUGGUGUCAACGAUCAACACCAUAACACUUUGUUGUUUUGGGGCUUUUAGAAGUUGCAAUCUAGUCUAUUGUCUUUCUUUUUCUGGUUGAUUUCCGCUUGUAUUUGGCGUUUUUUUAAUUAAAAAAAUUAAUUUUUUUAUGUUUUUAAA